CAAGGAUCUCGACCCACCGAUUAGCCGUUGCGCCUCACCCCUGUCAUGCCAUGUUUCCUGUAGUUGUGUUGCAAAUCUACCCGAACACCUCCAUCUACCAUAGGUAAGGCAAAACAAUAAGGAAAACAAUCGCAUGUGAUGUCAUGUGACGCAUACACCGCCUAAUACUGCCGCUUCCCUCUUGACGCAAUCGAUUUUCUUUCUUUCUUCCCUCCUGCUUUUCCUCUUCGCCCCUUUUUGCCCCUGAGGGGGAAGCAUCCAUUUGACACUAUCGAUGGCAUCAUCUCUUAUCUAGCGCUAUGAAGUAUAUUCUGGUUUCCGGUGGCGUCAUCUCCGGCGUGGGAAAGGGCAUCAUUGCCUCCAGCACGGGUCUGCUGCUCAAGACCUUGGGCGUCAAGGUUACCUCCAUCAAGAUUGACCCGUACAUGAAUCUUGAUGCGGGGACGAUGGCUCCCACUGAACAUGGCGAGGUGUACGUCCUCGACGACGGCGGCGAGGUCGAUCUCGAUCUGGGCAACUACGAGCGGUACCUGAACAUCACCCUCGGACGGGACCAGAACAUCACGACCGGCAAGAUCUACCAACAUGUGAUUCAACGGGAGCGGCGUGGAGAUUAUCUGGGCAAGACGGUGCAGAUCGUGCCGCAUCUGACGGAUGCGAUCCAGGAAUGGGUUGAGCGGGUGGCGCGCAUCCCCGUCGACGCGUCGGGCCAGGAGCCCGACGUGUGUAUCAUCGAGCUGGGGGGCACGGUGGGGGAUAUCGAGAGCGCGCCCUUUGUCGAGGCGAUGAGCCAACUGCAGCGGCGCGUGGGGAAACGCAAUGUCCGCCAGAUCCACGUCAGCUACGUGCCGCUCAUCGGGACCGAGCAGAAGACCAAGCCGACGCAGCGGGCGAUCGGAGACGUGCGCAGCGCGGGACUGUGGCCGGAUCUCAUCGCCUGUCGAUGCGAGACCCCGCUGCAGGAGCCGACGGUGCAGAAGAUCGCCGACGCGUGCCAGGUGGAUCGCGAGCAGGUCGUCGCCGUGCACAACGUGUCCACGACGUACCAUGUCCCCAUCCUGCUGGAGCAACAGGGCUUGCUGCACACCAUCUCCCGGCUGCUCGAGGUGCCCGCGAUGGAGAAGAGUCCGACGCUGGUCCGGCAGGGAAAAGCGAUCUGGCAGGAGUGGCAAGGGUUGGCGACCAACGAGGACUUGCGCGUCCUGGAGACGGUCUCCAUCGCGCUGGUGGGGAAAUACACCAGCCUGCACGAUUCGUACAUGAGCGUGACCAAGGCUCUGGAACAUGCGGCCAUGCACUGCGAGAAGAAGCUGAACCUGGUCUGGGUGGACGCCGCGCACCUCGACGACGCCACGCAGGAGAGCGCCCCCGCCGACUUCUUCAAGGCCUGGCACGACGUGUGCACCGCCGCCGGCAUCCUGGUGCCCGGCGGGUUCGGCCAGCGCGGUACCGAGGGCAUGAUCAAGGCCGCGCACUGGGCGCGCACCAACAACAUCCCUUACCUGGGCGUGUGUCUGGGCAUGCAGCUGGCGGUGGUCGAGUACGCGCGCCACGUGUGCGGCCUGCCGCGCGCCGGCAGCGCCGAGUUCGAUCCCGACUGCUGCGACCCGCCGGUGAUAGUGUACAUGCCCGAAAUCGACCGGGAAAAUAUGGGCGGCACGAUGCGGGUGGGUAAACGCCGCACCGUCUUCCAGCCUGGCAGCGAGUGGUCGCGUCUCCGUCGUCUGUACGGGUCCGCGCCGGAGCUGUGGGAACGGCACCGGCACCGCUACGAGGUCAACCCGGAGCUUGUCUCCAUGCUAGAGAGUGCCGGCUUGACCUUUGUCGGCAAGGACGACGCCGGCCAGCGGAUGGAGAUCGUCGAGCUGCGCGACCAUCCGUGGUAUGUCGGCGUGCAGUUCCACCCGGAGUACCUCAGCCGCGUGCUCGCGCCCAGUAAGACCUUCCUGGGGUUCUUUGCUGCCGCGGCGGGCUGUCUGGACGAUGUGACGGCCAGGUUUCGGGAUCGCCGUGAUCUCAGCGUAGUCCGUAGAAGUAAAAGUAGUAGUAAGUAGGAGUGAUGAGUUGUAACUAUAUAGGACACUGUCUAGACUCUAUAGCAGAGUCAUUUGAUGACUAACUGGUGACUCACCCGAAGCGGCAAGUCCGGGAAACUUUCAGCUGUCUCACGU